UAGAUUCUCUCGACAUCCACCGUUCAUAGAGCGCAGGAUCCACGCCACGCCACGCCUCGUCUGCCUCCUCGCCGAAUCAAAACGAUAAGAAGGAUCCCGGUUCACAGAAAAGCUCAAGUGGAUCUCAUGAAUCCACCUCAACUGCAAUGAAGUGCCGUCGUUCGCUUGGAGAGCAAAACCCCUUUGACCUCCCCGUUUUCCCCUCAAUCUUUAUUGCAAGCAUCGGUUAUCUCGCCUCGAGGAAGUCUCGCUGCAGCCAAAGUUGCCAUCUUUGCGCUCGGAUUCGGAGAAAUUUUGAAUUUUGUUGGGCUCAUUGAAUGAUGCUGUCAUUGACCUUCCCGAGCGUGGAUCUUAGUCAGGUCGGCUGCUUGAGACGGCUGCGCGCUCGACCACUGUGGAGGUCGAGAUCGGCACGCAGCCUGGGUGCUCGAUGCAUAGUCUCAACGACCCAAGAUGAUGUUCGGAGUGGCGGCGUGAAGCCUGCGGUGGCUAGCAGUGGCUCUAUCCAAGUUUCUUCUUUGCUAGAAGUGGUUUCUGGUGACAUAAAGAGGCUAAAUGAGAACCUAAAAGCACUCAUUGGUGCAGAAAAUCCAGUUCUAGUAUCUGCAGCGGAACAAAUAUUUGGUGCUGGGGGAAAGAGGCUUCGACCGGCUCUGGUCUUCCUAGUUUCAAGGGCGACUGCUCAAAUAUCUGGCUUGAAGGAACUUACUAUCCAACAUCAACGUUUGGCAGAGAUAAUAGAGAUGAUUCAUACUGCAAGUCUAAUACACGACGAUGUCAUAGACGACAGCGGGAUUCGAAGAGGGAAAGAAACGGUUCAUCAAAUUUAUGGGACCCGAGUGGCUGUCCUGGCAGGAGAUUUCAUGUUUGCGCAAUCUUCGUGGUACCUUGCAAAUCUCGAAAACAUUGAAGUAAUAAAGCUCAUUAGUCAGGUUAUCAAGGACUUUGCGAGCGGUGAAAUAAAACAAGCAUCGAGCCUCUUCAACUGCGAUGCAACUCUUGAAGACUAUCUACUCAAGAGCUACUACAAGACCGCCUCUCUAGUUGCAGCAAGCUCCAAGUCUGCUUCGAUAUUCAGCCAUGUUGACACAAGUAUAGGUGAACGAAUGUAUGAAUUCGGGAAGAACCUCGGUCUCUCAUUUCAGGUAGUCGAUGACAUUUUGGAUUUCACCCAAUCAACGGAACAGUUAGGAAAACCGGCUUGCAGUGACUUAUCAAAGGGGAUUUUAACCGCCCCGGUUAUUUUUGCCCUAGAAAAGGAGCCUACUCUAAGAGAAAUCAUUGACUCUGAGUUCAGUGAAGAUGGUUCAUUCGACACCGCAAUCGAGUUGAUUCAUCAAAGCGGUGGGCUCAGUAGGGCGCAUGAGCUAGCAAAACAGAAAGCUGAAAUCGCAAUAAAAAACCUGGAGUGCCUUCCCGAGAGCGAGUUCAGAAACUCCCUCGAGGGGAUUGUAAAAUAUAACCUCGAACGGAUUGACUGAAACUUGAACUGUUAAUGAUCAUAGUUGAAGAUGAGCAGACAGCCCCAAUUACUGCAACGAAAACAUACUUGCUACAACAGCUCUGGGAGAUAAAUUGCUUGCUGAAUCGAGAUGGAAUGACCUUAUCGUUCGAGAAUAUAGAAGAUUAUACAUGGCUGCAUAUAUUUAGCCUCAAAUGUAUAAAUAGAUAGUGAAUUUCAAAUUGUAGUAGGUUCUUAGUUUUACCGGCGAUUGAGCCAGUCAAGCAAAUCAAUCACCUCCGAGCUUUGAGACAAUGGCUAAAGUUCAACCUAGAGAAUGCAAAGAAAGAAAACAAACAAACAAAGAUCACAGUUGUGCUUCA